AUGCCUAAUUGGCAGUCGGCACUCGGUGCCAUGCAAGGGAUCGGGUACAGCUGCGUAGCAGACAACAGCCCAAACUGCACCAAAGCCAUGAACUCACCUGGUUUAGCAACUAGAAGUGGGAUUCCUGCUAGUAUUUAUUACAAUGCGACACCUUUCUUACUUACCGACUGGCAUUGCAAGUUUCCUGGGUAUUGUUACGCACAUGCAGCCGUCGAAGAUGCAGGCGGCGACCCGACGGGCUUGCCAGUUCCCGCAUGGACCGUCGAGGACUCUCUCCAGAACAUGCGGGACAAUGGCGUUCGAAAAGCCAUACUUUCUUUGACCACUCCAGGUGCAGUUGUCACAGGCAACAGCAAUACGGCGCGGUCGCUAGCUCGAAGGGUCAAUGAAUAUGCCGCCAGCUUGCGCGACCAGUACCCCGAGCAGUUCGGAUUCUUCGCUGCGCUGCCAUCUCUUCUGGAUGUACCCGGCACCCUGGCUGAAAUCGAGUAUUCGCUCGACACCCUUAGAGCCGACGGAGUCACCGUGUUCACUCGCUACGGCGAUGGAAACAACUACCUAGGUCAUUCUCAGUUCACUCCCAUCUGGAAGGAACUAGAUACCCGAAAAACCGUGGUCCAUAUCCAUCCUACCAUGCCCGAAGACACCAAUUGGAUUGAUCCUAUCAUGCCACCUCCAAUGCUUGACUUUCCGCAGGAGACUACACGGACUGCCAUAGACAUGAUUGUUAGUAAUGUCACGCAGCAGUUCCCGAACUGUCCCAAGGUCUUGUCGCACGCGGGUGGGACCUUGCCGUAUCUGAUCUCGAGGGUGGCUGUGACUUCUCGGGAUACGAUGGCCGCAAAGGGUCCUUAUGGCAAGACCUACUUUGAGUUGAUGGAGGCACUGCGCUCGUUUUAUUACGAUCUUGCUCUGUCGAGUGCUCCCGCGGUCUUGAAUCUUUUGCUGGAUUUGAUACCGCAUGACCACAUUAUGUAUGUAGGAUCCGACUAUCCGAAUGCCCCGCCAAUUAAAGUAGCUGGUUACCGGGAGAAUCUGGAUGCGUUCCAUAUGAAUGAAGAGCUUCGGGACAAAGUUUAUUUUGGGAACGCGCAGAAACUCCUAUCUAGAGAUUGA